UUGUUUACGCGCUGCGCAUGGCAUGAGUAGCUGAGGAGGGGGCAUUUGGGUGCUGGCUUGGGUCAGGGUAGGGGUGGCGUGGCGUCAUUGUGCCCGCGUUUUCCUUUUCAACGCCCUUUUUUUUGGCGCUUUCGCGACGGUUUCUGCGGAGGUAGAGAUGCUCUUUGCGAGUUCUUUGCAAUCGCGCGUGUUCUGUGUGCAUGCGGGUGUUGCUAGUGUUUGGCCUCUUUCGGUCGCGGAGAGAGAGGCUGUUGAUAACGGAUCCGUAUCGUGUUGCUAAUCGCGUAUCUCCGGCGUCACUGGUAGAUGCGAUUACAGCGUCAUGUCUCCUCAAGAUCAGCUAUUAAAUGUUCACCGUUAACUUUGUAUCAGAUAUAAUGAUUUUAGAGAACGGUAGGCGAGUUUUAAAGAGUUGAGAUGUCGUUCCUGCAGCUUGAGGGUCUGCAUGUCUUUGUCUCUGGGGCGGCGGGAGGUAUUGGGUCAGCGAUUGUUGAGGAAUUCCUAGCCCAAGGAUGCAAAGUCACCGCACACGACAAGCGCCCAAAUACCCGUGCUCCCUCUGCAUCACUGCACUGCAUCACAGGCGACAUCAGCGACGAAUCCUCAGUUUCGCAAUCCAUCACCGAUGCCGUCGCCCACUUCGGCCCCGUCAACAUUCUCUGCGCGAAUGCCGGUAUCACAGACGAGUCGAACUCCUACAGCAUAUGGGACAUGCCCACCGAGCUAUGGGACCGCACCUACGCCGUCAACGUGCGCGGCACCUUCCUCACCAUCAAGCACUUCCUCGGCUCCGUGCAAAAGCAUCAACAGGCCACCGGUGAAGAGCUUCCCAACAUCGCAGUCGUCGUCACGGGAAGUGAGUGCGGCGUCUUCGGCCAAGCGGGUCAUUCUGAAUAUGCCUCCGGCAAAGCGGGACUGCAGUACGGCCUGGUCAAGAGCGUGAAAAAUGAAAUCGUGAGGUUGAAUGCGAAAGCGAGGAUCAAUGCCGUGGCGCCUGGGUGGGUGAAUACGCUGUUGAUUGAGGGGAGGCUGGAUGACCCGAAGGAGAUGUGGAGGGAAGCGCAGGCGACGGUGCCGUUGAGGAAGAUUGCGCAGCCGGAGGAUGUUGCGAGGGCGGCUGCGUUUCUGGCGAGUCAUAGGGCGGCAGGGCAUAUUUCGGGGCAGUGCAUUUCGGUGGAUGGCGGGAUGGAGGGGAGGAUUGUGUGGAGUGAGGAGGAGGUGAGGUGGACGGAGAAGAUUACGGCUGAGGCGAAGUCUCCAUCAAGCACCGAGAUGGAUGCCCUUAUAAGCGGGGAGGAGAAGGCACCGUCAAUGGGUGCUGACCCGUUCAGGGGCGUUGGUCAGUCGAUCUCACCACCCGCCAGUUCCAAACCGAAGAUCAAAGUCCUCGUUUCCGUGGAUUUUGACGCGGUAUCCGGAUGGCUAGGCACGGGCAGUCACCCAGACAACAACCUCGCAGAUUAUAGCUCCGGAUUCUUCUCCGCAUAUGUGGGCGUUCCGCGCUUGUUGAAGCUCUUCAGAAGGCUAGGCAUCCAGGAGAAUGUGACAUGGUUCGUUCCCAUGCACUCCGCUGAGAGCUUCCCCAAAGAGUUCAAGGCGAUCGUAGAUAGUGGAUGCGAGAUCGGUCUGCAUGGCUACUGCCAUGAAGGUGCACCCCAACUCACACCCACGCAAGAACGCGACGUGCUCACACACUGCCUCGACCUGUGCACCAAACUCACAGGCCGCAAACCCACCGGCUACCGCGCGCCUCUCUACCAACUCCGCGAGACCACCAUCGCCCUCCUUGAAGAACACGCCUUCCUGUACGACUCCUCCCUCUCGCACCAUGACAGCAAACCAUACUACAUCCCCAACCUCCCGCCCAUCGCCGCACCCACAUACACCCCCGCCGCCUCAGCGCAAGAAUGGAUGAAACCCCUCCCCCAACCCAACCCGCCGACAUCCCGCUCGCUCGUCGAGAUCCCAGGGAACUGGUACGCCGAGGACAUGACGCCUCUGCAAUUCUGGCCGCACACGCCGAAUAGUCAGGGAUACGUCGAUGUACGGGUGGUGGGGCGCAUGUGGAUGGAUAAAUUCGAGUGGUUGAGGACGGAGGUGGAGGAGCUGGGCGAGAAGGAUAUCAUGGUUUUCCCGCUGGUUCUGCAUCCCGAUACGAGUGGGAUGGCGCAUGUGAUUGGCAUGGUGGAGCGGGUGAUGAGGUGGUUGAAGGGGUGGGAGGGGAAGGGGGAGGUGGAGUUUUGUACGUUUGAGAGUGUGGCGAGGGAAUGGAGGGAAAGGAAUCCGGUUUGA